GAAAAAGUUACCCUGUCUAUCUUCACUUCCCAUUUAUGUCAUUUCUGCUUUUAUCAUAAACCAAUGAGUAAAACCACAUAUUAAGUAGCUGUACUUCCCAAUAGAAACACCUCAUUUAGCGUGUGUAGCCCUUUAAGAGUGGAGGGUGGAUCUCGCAGUUGUUUUGACUGAUAACAAUGAGAAGUGGUUAUUGGGGGGGAGAUAAGCCGUGUAAGGAGACGCCGUCCCUUUAGGAAACGCGGAGAACUGCCGGUGCAGAUGGGCAGGGGGUAAUGUGUAAGAUUCGCUCCCUUGUCUGGCAGAUAAGUGGUUAAUAUGGGGAAAUGUGAAUUGAAAGCUUUUAUUCUGCUAGAUUGUUCCAGUUCUGGGUCCAUGGCUAUUUCAUAUACUAUGCUUCUCCCCCUUCUGCUGCUCAUGGCUGCGGUUACACCAGGAAGCCAUUCCUUUUUCCCCAACUUCUGGUCCAAGUUCCUGUCUUUCACAUGGGGAUCAUACACACACCAGGAUCUGACUGAGGAGGCAAUACUGAACAUCACCCUUCAAAUCUUACUGGACAACCCCCAUUCAUUGCGCCCUGCUCUAAAGGCUCAGGACUUUCAGGGUAAAACUCUGACUGCAGAUGCCAUACUGGCGGCAUAUUUUGGAGAAGAAGUUUCUCCUCGUCAAUUCCGAGCCUCUUUAAGACAAAUAGUUAGUGCCAAUGCCAACAUGGACUUUCUUAAUGGCACACGAGAUGACCCUCUCUGCCACUUUGACUCAGAGAGGCUAAAGCAGGGGAAUAGGCUACUGCUACGAAUGCGGGAUCAACUCUUAGUUUCUGUGAAGGCCAAAGAAUAUGAAGGGGCACGUGACAGACUCGGACAAAUUCUUCAUUCCUUGCAGGAUUUUUACAGCCACACCAACUGGGUUGAAAUGGGUAACACUGAUAUUCAUCCGGAUCUUGCUACCCCAGGAAGAGAUAUCCACUCUAUUGCUGGACUCUCUGAUCAAACAUGCACAGAUUGCACUGAACUCUCUUGUAAGAAUAACAUCGUACCGGCAAUUGAAAAAAGACAGCUCCUAACAUCUGGGUAUUAUGGCGAUUUGCCCAAGAAGCCUCAAGGGAAGUGUAGCCAUGGUGGUCCUUUUGAUGACAGCAGACUAUUCAGUGCUAGAGGUGGAAUCAACAAAGAUACUGCAGUGUCCUUGUUUUCUCCUCAUCACUUUUUACAUCAAAUAGCAGCUGAAUUAGCUCUUAAGGCUUCUAUCAAAUUUCUGAAUGAAUUGAGGAAUGAAGUAACAGACAGAGAUAUGUUGAGGAUUCUUGGAGUGUCGGCUUCCCCAGCACUCAGCUUUGUUAUGGACACCACAGGCAGCAUGGGAGAAGAAAUCACUACAGCCCGGCUGCAAUCCCGCCACAUAAUCCAACAUCAGCGACAGACAUUGUUAUAUCCUGACUUUUACAUUCUGGUGCCAUUCAACGACCCUAAUUAUGGUCCAGUAUAUAAAACAAGUGAUCCAGAUGAAUUCCUUCAUUAUCUGGAUAACUUACAAGCUCUUGGAGGGGGCGAUGAACCUGAAAUGUGUCUUUCAGCACUACAGUUGGCUUUGAUCCACACUCCUCCCAACUCAGAAAUCUUUGUUUUUACGGAUGCUUCAUCCAAAGACGCCCAUUUAAGGAGUUCAGUUGAAGCACUGAUUCAGGAGAGAAAAAUCAAAGUCUCUUUCCUGGUCACAGAAGAUCCCUCUAGAGCUAGAGUCAGGAGCCGAAGAGAAUUGUUGACGCCGGACAGAUUUGACCUUUAUGCUAACCUUUCUGAGAUAUCUGGAGGCCAAAUCAUAUUUACUAAUAACCAAGACAUUCCUGCAGUAUCUGAAGUCAUCUCAGAAUCAGUCCACUUCGAUGUGGUCACACUGUUCCACAAACAAAGCAUGGAGAGGGGUAACUCGGUCCAUGAAUUUCAGGUGGAUGAUUUCAUGCGCAGUAUCUGCUUGUUUAUCAAUGGGGAUGUAAGCACCUUCAACAUUCUUGACCCUGCAGGUCAAAUCCAGAAUGGUAACCGUCAAAGUAACGGAAAGUUUACACGUGUCUCCUUCAAACACCCUCUGCCUAAAGGAAGAUGGAGAAUUCAGAUGAAGACUACAGGACCCCACACCUUGCAUAUACAAGGUCGUAGCUUGGUCGACUUCCUGUAUUAUUUUGGGGUUCCUGUAAAUGGCUCUCACCCUGGGCUUUAUAAACUCAGCAAUCAACCAGUAUCAGGUGUUUCUGCCAUCUUGGUUGUAGAUGCGAUUGGCCUCCCAGACUCUGCCCACCUGGACCACGUGACCAUAACACCAGCAAAAGGUGUCCCAUUGAAGUUGGAACUGGAACCAGCCAAUCAGACAGGCCUAUUGGUGGCCCAGGUGGGACAGGUACCUUUUGGAGACUUCAGCAUUGGGGUGAGCGGUCAGGAUGGAAAGGGAAGUGCAUUUCUUCGGGAAGCCCCGCAGCAUGGCAAAUCAGCGGAAUGCGUGGUUGAGAUAACUAAUGAGUACCCUCUAAUGCCAGGGGAAAUGCAUUGGCUUUCUCUUAGCAUCACCAGCUAUGGAACAUCUCAUUGCUACAUAAUAACCCUAAGCAAUGAUCGUGGCUACAAUAUGAACACAACUAUACCCAGAAUAUUUACUGAUGUGAAUGAGACACAUGAGGCGAAAUUCUGGAUCCAGGCGCCUGAUGAGGCUGAGACAGACACUACUGUCGCUGUAACAGCUCAGGCUGAAGCCUGUGAGGACAAGCCACAAAGCUGUUUUACACUUAUACCACUGAUACUGGUGGCCAGACCUGAGGUUUAUUCCCUUCACUCCCCUGUCUGCUCUCUGGUCUCCUAUUCUGGUUCCUGCCCCCUCUCGCUUCCUCCAAGACUCUGUCAGCAGCACCAGUGGCAUUCUGUUGUCCAUAUUUCAGACUCCGAUGGAGUAAAAUCUGCUCAAAUACUCUCUGGUUUUGGUUCUAUCUCCUAUGGACCUGAUGGAACCUUAGAACGAGUUGAAUAUUCAUCAAACUGUUGCUUCCCAAGAGCAGAAAUCUUACUUAUGAACUACAGGGGGGCAACAAGUAGCUGCCAUCUCAGUGCCCCUUCCAAUACCUCAAAUCUGGGACAGUGUACAAACUGGAUUCUGCUGGUUAUUAUGUACUGUAGUUUUCUGGUAAAUUAUCUCUUGUACAUAUGAUUUGAAUAUUGUGUCUUUCCAAUGGAAAUGUAACAGGCAAGUCCUUCAGCUUCUGUUGUAAGAGUGUGUGAAGAGUCAUAAAUGUUAUUUUAACUGAUAAGGAAAUACAUCUGAAAUCCUAAAAGCACAUCAUUAUCAAAAUGCAAAAAGCAUUUCAAUCUAUGAAAAUUCCUGAAAUUCCUUUUUUAUAGUGAGGAAAGCUCAUUUACAGUACUUAUUUGUUUGUAAAAUGUAGAUUAGCGGAUUUUUAGGAAAAUUAAUGAUAGAGGGUUCAUCUCUUAGAGGAAGUAUCUUGCCAAACUGUUUAACAGCUGAAGUGUCUGAAAAGUACGCUAUUCAUGGCCUCACUCCAAGUGGAAGCUCCGUAACCACUACUUGCAUUCAUGCAGAUGCAGAGUUAUUCAUUGCAGGAUGCAAGUUGAAUGAUGUAGAGGUGCUUUGGCCUUGUGUCUUCCAGAAAAGCAGGUGCAAAACACCACUCUACAGUCCCCAGAAGUUGGUGUGGCUAAUUACAUGCAGUGUCUAGAGAUCUAGAUUCAGUGUUUAGAGAUCUCAUUCCCCUUUAGGAUUAAUACCUAUAUUAAUCUCACUUUGAUUCUACUGCCAACCCACUAAGGCUGAAAAUGAUAUCCAUCUGAUAUGUGAUUUACAAAAAUCUAGCACUUUGACCCUAAGUUCUCUCUAUGAAUUUCUUGCCACCUUUUUCCUAAAUCAGCAGUAGGUUGCAUUUGUGCAUAUGUGUGUGUUUUCUAUUGUGCGUGUGUUAGAUUUAAGAAGCACAGUCAUUGCGUGUGUUAGAUUUGAGAAGCACAGUCAUUACGUGUGUUCAAUUUGAGAAGCACAGUCAUUACGUGUGUUCGAUUUGAGAAGCACAGUCAUUACGUGUGUUCAAUUUGAGAAGCACAGUCAUUGCGUGUGUUCGAUUUAAGAAGCAAAGUCAUUACGUGUGUUAGAUUUAAGAAGAACAGUCAUUACGUGUGUUCGAUUUAAGAAGCAAAGUCAUUACGUGUGUUAGAUUUAAGAAGCACAGUCAUUACGUGUUUGAUUUGAGAAGCACAGUCAUUACGUGUGUUCAAUUUGAGAAGCACAGUCAUUGCGUGUGUUCGAUUUAAGAAGCAAAGUCAUUACGUGUGUUAGAUUUAAGAAGAACAGUCAUUACGUGUGUUCGAGUUAAGAAGCAAAGUCAUUACGUGUGUUCGAUUUAAGAAGAACAGUCAUUACGUGUGUUAGAUUUAAGAAGCAAAGUCAUUACGUGUGUUAGAUUUAAGAAGCACAGUCAUUACGUGUGUUCGAUUUAAGAAGCAAAGUCAUUACGUGUGUUCGAUUUAAGAAGCAAAGUCAUUACGUGUGUUCGAUUUAAGAAGCAAUGUCAUUACGUGUGUUAGAUUUAAGAAGCACAGUCAUUACGUGUGUUUGAUUUAAGAAGCAAUGUCAUUACGUGUGUUCGAUUUAAGAAGCACAGUCAAUAGCGUGUGUUCGAUUUAAGAAGCAAUGUCAUUACGUGUGUUCGAUUUAAGAAGCACAGUCAUAGCGUGUGUUCGAUUUAAGAAGCAAUGUCAUUACGUGUGUUCGAUUUAAGAAGCACAGUCAUAGCGUGUGUUAGAUUUAAGAAGCACAGUCAUUGUGUGUGUUAGAUUUAAGAAGCACAGUCAUUUGCCUGGAAUUUGAUACACUUUAAAUUAAUCAAAUUGAAUAUUUUCUAUUAUAAUUAUGUUUUCCUGUAUACCCAAUAAGAACAGUGAUAUUUAAUAUAAAGCAAAUAUGUAUACUUCAUUUUGGCAUUUAUACACAAACAACUUAACUUUCUUGAAGGCUGUGAUUAUUUAUGUACUUUGCAGAAUACAGUCAUGCCUUGUAAUGGAUUUUUGUGAUGUCCUAUCAGUGACUUGAAUCUAUGUGUGAGCUUUAAAUAAAAGGAUUAUUGGGGGUAUUGA